GAGACUUGUCAAACAAAAAAAAACUUAGAAAGGAAGAGGAACUGAAACUGGAAAAAGAAAAGAAUCAAUCGUGAUUAUUUCAAAAGCUUUUGGUGAAAUUAUUGGUUUUGUGUGUAAACCAUCAUUGAGACUGUAUGCCGAAACAAUUUUCAUGCCUCAUUCUGGUCUAAUAACUCGAAAUGAGGGACGUACCAUACUUGACUUGUUUGGUUCUCUAUAUAUUUUCAUUCCAAAUUAUUGUCACUAAUUCCCGUACAUCUACGGUGUGGAAAUUAAACGUUGAAGAUGGAAAAAUAGUUGACGGAUCAACCCUACAACAGGAUGAAGACAAAUCUCGAGAACAAGAUGAUGACCCGGUCUUCAAUAUUGUGACCUCAACUGUUUAUUAUGGGAGCACCUGGACCAAACAUGGGUUCGACAUGUUCUGUACUGAUUGCCAAAUCUAUGAGCAACAAAGAGAAAAUGGAGAUGAUAAUUCGCCAUCAGAAACAAAUGGGGAAUCAGUGGAUGAUGAAUACUUGGACUGUGGCAAAGCCGUCAACUUUACAUAUUAUGACAAUUUAGUUGGUGUAGCGAGAAGACACAGACAUCCCAAUGUUCCUGAGCCUCAGGUUGCUCUAAUAUUUACUAAGAAGAAAAGUUACAAAAAUGGCGGAGUGGUGUCAGAAUUUGACAUCAAUGCUCUGGAGAAACGACUGAAGAAAGCAAAGAGAGAGAAACCAAAGUCGGUGCAACUUUAUAACCAGAUUGGAAACUUCUGGAGAAUCAAAGGAGACACGCGCCAGUCUAUUGAGUGCUUCAGGCGAGCACUAGCUGUAUCACCUUACAAUGCUGAGGUGCUACUAAACCUAGCGCGAGUGCUAUUCACGCUCCAGUACUUGGACGACGCGAUCUACCUGACGCGGCGCUCGCUGGAGGUGCAGCCGCCGGACCGCAGCGCGUGGCAGCAGUACUUCACCCUCGGGGAGAUCUUCAAGGCUUACGGCCACUAUCAGGAAGCGGCAGUGCACCUGAAGCACGCAUUAGACCUGCGGCCCGACUUCGAGCCGGCGCAGGCCGCGCUGCGGGACAUCGAGAACAUCCCCGAGGCCUCCGUCCACGUGUACACGCUGCUCAUUAUUAUAUGUUUGGUAAUGGGCGUACUCCUCGUGAUCCUCUCGUCAGUGGACAACGGCGUGGAGGUGGAAGAGCACAAACAGCAGCGCCACUUCAACCGAGCCAUGGCGAUGAGGUCGCUGCGAGGCGCCCUGCCCGGCUCGAGAGGCCGCAAGAAGGGCGGCUCGUAAACUGAUGCACUUGUGUUAUUUGUUCCGUUUUUUGUAUACAAUCUAUCAGCAGUUUUUGUCAACUCAAAUCUUGUUAAAACAUAAAGAUAAAAUAUCUUUUAUUCCGUGUCCUGCACAGACCAAAAAAUCAAUAAAAAUAAAAUAAGGAAGACAAAAUAACUUAACUACUUUUAUGACUAAUUUAUUGGGUGAAGUCUUGAUUUUAGGCUGCUAUAGCUAUGGCCGAAAGGGUGAGAAAUAUGCUGAUAGGUUGGAUGUUGGAAACGGAUAGUGGCAUCUAGAUCUUAAGGUUGGUGACUUUGGGCUUGUUCGGUUGGACUUAGUGUUGGGUAUUUUUGAUGAUUUGAGCUAUAAGUUGGUCUGUAGGGUUUCAAGUUUGUGAACUUAUAACUGUCUAAUAGCAAGCUCUGAGAAUCAGGAUAAGAUUUGUUGAUACUGUGUUUAAGAUGGUAAUUGAUGGUAUGGAUACCCAAUAAAACAUAGCAAUAAAUGAUUUAAUUACAGAUGUGAAACAAGACCCAAAGUUACCCAACUUGUUUGCAGAGCAAUCGUUCAAAUAAUUUUCAACGUAUGCAAAACAGAGGCUUAUGUUCUGCUACAUAAGAUUCAGAUGCGACUACACAAAAACAUUGUAAUUGUAGUACUGUUCUGUUAAACUCCGCUUUUUUCUCUACACCAAAAACUAUCCUAAUGUGUUGUUUUUAUUUUGUGUUGUGAUUACUAUAACUAACAGAUGCUUUGACAAUACAGCUUAGACUGGUUGUGCUAAAACGGUUUUCCCCUGUGCCCUCAAGUUUAACGGAACAGUACUGUCAACCAGAGGCUUAUGUACAAAUCGUAUUUACGUAAAAGUGACCGGAAGGUCUUGCCAUGUCUAAUUUGAUCUCUGCUUAGUAGUCUUCAUCACCUGAUAGUACCUAAAGUGUGAUGUUUCCUUUUAGCAGUUUGGAUACAUUUAAAAAGUUUUUUCAAUAUUUUUACAUUUAUAUGGUCUCCAUUAAAGCCGAACGCAUGAUUGUUACUUGUUUAGUAUUUGUAAGGACUUUCUCUAAACUGAAUCGCGUCUAAUGAGCAAUAUUACACUUAUUAUUCCUAGCUAGUUUAUAGUGUUGCGCGCGCGCAGCCUUUGAACUGUCAAAGAUAAAUAAAUUAAGAGAAUAGUAAUUCUUGAAAGUGAGAACUAAUUAACUAAGCGAAAUCAUUUUGAAACUGCUAAAUUUUAAGGAUUUUACAUAUACACGUUGUUAUGGAGUGCAGUGAAGGUGGGGACCGGGGUUGUCUUUGCGGCGAUGAAUCACUUUUGCAACCUAGUCAUUCACUUAGACAAGUCGGCGUGUGUUUUGUAGUAGUGCAUGCAUUAACUUGUUAAGUGUUCGUAGCGUCUAAGGAUUUAAAUGAGGAAGCAAGGUCUUAAAUUCUGAGAUUGGUAAAAAAUGUACCUGUUUUCAGUGGCUCUUUUGUUAUUUUUUUGACUAUUUAUUACUUAAUACAUGAUUGUCUUAGCAUCUA